GCCUUUGCCUUGGUGACGCAGAGCUUGACGUCUCCGGCCACAUUCCUAUCCGGGAAGCUGCGUCUUUUCCUUCUGAGCCCAGAAAGCCGGUGCCUUCCGCCGCACAGCCCCAGUCGCCGCCGCCGCCGCCGCUCUUUGUAGGAUGAAGAUCUGGAGUUCAGAACACGAAUUCGGGCAUCCAUGGGAUACUGUAAUAAAAGCUGCAAUGAGAAAAUACCCCAAUCCUAUGAACCCAUCAGUGGUAGGAGUUGAUGUCCUGGACCGAAGCCUUGAUAAUCAAGGAAGGUUACAUAGUCAUCGAUUACUUAGCACAGAAUGGGGUCUACCAAAUAUUGUAAAAGCUAUUUUGGGAACAAAUAGAACUGUUACAUACAUUAAAGAACAUUCAGUAGUUGAUCCUGUGGAAAAGAAAAUGGUAUUGAGCUCCACAAAUAUAACGCUUACAAAUCUUGUAUCAGUGGACGAACGAUUAGUUUACACACCUCAUCCUGAAAAUCCUGAAAAGACUCUUCUAACUCAAGAAGCAAUUAUUACAGUAAAAGGUGUUAGUCUCAGUAGUUAUUUGGAAACUUUAAUGGCCAACACAAUAUCGUCUAAUGCUAGAAAGGGACGUGAAGCUUUAGAAUGGGUGAUUGGUGAACUAACUUCAACACGAGACAGUAUAAAAUCAACAAUGGCAGCUGCUUCGAUGGAAAACUGAUGAACUGUCACAAUCUUUAUUUUUCCAUUUAAUUUUUUGUUAUUGUUGUUGCUGAGGCAAAUACUCCUUACUUUUUGAUAUACAUAAAUAGGCAGGCAGGCAGAGAGACUGAGAGAGUCUGUUAAUUUAUAAUGAGAUUUACAGGACACUUUUUUUUCUUUAACACUGAAGAAUUUUGGGGACCUACUGCAUUAUAAUUAACCUUUUUUUUAAAAAAUAUGGAUUCAAGAUAUAGUUACCUAAUUCCCCGCAGGACAAUGACCUCAAAUUCAAGCUAUUUACAUGGAUUGCAAACUGAAAGAAAGAUUGAAGAUUAGUCUACAUAAAUACCAAGCUGUGUUUUGAUAAAGAGCUAUGUGAAUAUACUUUUGAACGUGCUGCUCUUUUUACUGCUUAAAUCUUAGCAUUUAUUUUUUAAAAGUACAGUUGUAGUUCUUUGUUGAAGUACACAGGUACCAAAAAUAUGGAGAGUCAAGCUGUAGUGGCUAUUUAUUUGGGGUGGGUGGGGUUGGAAUGCCAGUCCAAAAUUGUGUUUUUUAAACUUGAACAAUUUCAAGAUGUAUAGAUUUCAACUCCCAGAAUUCUGGGAGUUGAAAUCCACAUAUCUUAAAGUUACCAAGUUUGAAAAACAUUGAUCCAGAAGAGAUAUAAAGGCAUGCUCUGAUUAAUUUCCUUAAUUUUGCAGCAUGGCCUAUUGUUUUAAAGAAGCCUGUUUGGAGAAUAUACCAAGCAGUGCUUCUUGGCGAGUUACAUUGUUUGUUUCAAGUUUCUGUGGUAUUAUUUUUUUGCAUUGUUUGUAGAGGGCUGAACAAGAAAUGCCAACAUUUUACCUCUUUAUUUAUAUUAAAAGGACUGCUAAACAUAGGGGAGCAGAUAUUUUGCUACAAGAUAGUAAUCUAAAUAUUUUCUUGCCAGCUGAUAUUUAGUGCAUUAUUUAUUUUGAAAUGGAUUUAUUCUAUUCAUUUAUGAAAAGCCAGUUAAUACCUCAGAGGGGAAUACUAGAAAUAACAAAUGGGUAGAGAUAUUUUCAUACCCUUAGGAUAACUUGCUUGUUUAAGUCAUUAUUUCACCUCAUGGAUUAGAAAGUUGAAAAAAGGUUUUCUGUUCCAGUCUGCAUUUCACAUCCUACUGUGAGAAUUGGGCUUAUCCUGUCCAUAGAACUGUAUCUUUCACAUGUUAUGAAACUCAAAAUUAUUGCUCUUUGGAACAAACACCCUUCAUAAAGUUAGUUCAAAUAGUGGUUCCAAAUUUCAAAAUUCAGUGGAAUGUUCUAAUAAAAAUUAGAAAUAGUUUUGAUAAUGAAGACAAAUUGGACAAUAGCUGUUUUAAGUUAUGACAGGAAUCUGUAACUUGUAUGUCAGAGAGGAUGCAGUAAAAAUUGGCUUGAAUAUUACAAAGAAGCUUUCAUGAAAUAGAACUAGUUUUCAGUCAUUUUUAAAGGUAGGUUUUGUUUGCAUAUCAUAUUUCAUAUAAAUUAAGUUUCAUUUUUCUACAAGUAAUUCACUGAGGAAUAAAAACCUGCUUUGUGAUAUUUCUUUAGAAAUUGGAAGCAGGAAACAUUUUAAUUCAUUAGUAUAUCCAAGUAAUUUCAAACCUUUAAAAGGAUAAGAUGUAAGGUACAUAAUUGCUUUAUUUCCAGAGAGUUGUUUCAGAGAAACACAAACUGAAAAAUACCUUUACUAUAGGAAAACUACAAUCCUAUUCCCUAUCCGUAACCCUGCUAAAUUCUUUGUUUCCAAGGCUUUUCCAGUCUAUAGAUUUAUCUACACCACCAUUUUGCAUUUACUGAUUCAUUUGUUGGCAUUACAAUAUAAUUAGCAACACUAAUCGCAGGAAUAAUUCCUUAUGCAUGAAUGAGACCAAUAGGGUCUGUAGUUUCAAAAUGUGCAAGAUGGUGGAUGCAGCAUUGCUGUCUUACUGAUUAGGACAUUUCCUAUGAACCCUGCUGAACAAAGCCCUUCACUAAGAGAAAAGCAAAGCAAAAUGUUGAUAUCCAACUUACUCCACCUCACGUUCUAAUAGGAGAAUUGGCAAGGAAAAUAAUAGUCUUUAAGAUUAUAUUUUCAGGUUUAAUUGAAAAAGUGUAGCCGUUACGCUCUAUACCACUCCCAGCAACUAAUAGUGACUAAAUACAGGUGUCUUUUCAGGUUCAUUGUCUGGCAACGUUACUUGCAUGUUCAAAUGUUUGAUUCAUACUGUCCAUGAAUCCAUCUGGUCCUUAAUUGGUCAUGUAACCUUUUCCUUAUUUGCAUGUGCUUUUUGUUUGCAUUUAAAAAUUCCUCAGUGUAAAUGAAGACAAAGCUAUGUAUCUUCAAAAGAUGGAGAAGAUGUAUUUGGGAUAGAUGAAACUGUUUAUGCCAUGAGCAGAAAUAUCUGUGCAAAUUUUAUUUUCUACCUGAUUGGCUAUUAAAAUAGAAAAAUACUAUCUUCCCUGACAAUGGGGUCCAGUUUCUAGAAUAAAGAAAUCUUGAUUUUAAUGGAGAUGAGCAGACUGAUUAUUAGAAAACAUUUAGUUCAUUUUCUGUUUUGGACAGUCACAUCAAAAUCUCUGGUUUACAUUCUUUUAGUUAAUGUAGAAAACUGCCAUGAUUGAUGAAAGGCAGGAACUACUUUUCAAAUAACAUAACUAGUGAGAGGAGACAUUGAGGCACUCUGUUCAAGAUCUUCAAUAUUUUGUGAUUUGAUUGUAAAUUCUACAAAGUGGCAAAACAUUUGAUCUCAAGUGUUAAAUACCAUAAUUUCUGAAAAUAUGACUCACCUAGGGAUGGCAAAAAAAGUCUUGUUUUUCUUUAAGAAAGCAGUCUGCUUUUACAUCAGUUGUUGAACAGGAUACCGUGUAAUGCUGAGUCAUAAAAACUAAAAAAGCACUAGCAAGGAUAGCAAAUAUUCUAGAAAGAAUCACUAAACUCAAGAGUAAUUAGGAGUACAUAUUUUUUAGUUUUGUGUGACCCAUGGUAUGAAAUACUUAAAUUAAACAAAGGGGAGUAUAUAAAAUUGUGUUUAUAUUUAAUUUAAAACUCUAAUAAAAAGAAAACAAAACAUUAUCUUGGUUUUUUUCCUAAAAGCUAGAAACCAUACAUUCAGACCAACAAUGGUAAUUCUUAUUUCCCUUGAGUUUUAUCUUAUCCAGGCCAAUCCACUCCCAGAAAUAUAAUUUAUAAAAAUGGUCUUAGAAAUUAUAACAUUUUUCAAUGUUAUUUUUGUGUAUGUGCAUGUAAUAGAUAAUUGUGUUCAGGUGAUGAGAGACAACAAAAACAAUAUUACAACUUUUUUAUGAGUUUAAUAAUUCAUAAACUGCAGGUGAAUAUUAUGUAACAGGAAAACAAGCAGAAAAAUAAUUAUUGCCUUUUUCAUUUACAAAUCUUUAUCCAUCAGGGUAUACAGCAUGGUGACAUAAGAAGGUAGAUCUUAAGACAGUUGUGCUUCCUAUUCAAAUCAUUGCCAGGUACCAUUGCAGGUUCAGGAACAGUAAAGAAAACUAAAUGGUGUGCAAUUUUUUUCCUUGUAAGCAUCCUGACUUUUGGUGAUGUUUUAAAAAACAUCUAUGUAGAAGAUAGUAGAAAAAAAUGAUUUUGACUUGUUUCCCAAAACAUAUUGUCUACUGGCAGAGACGCAUAUAUAACUCCUUUUUAUUACCACCGUUUUCUCAUAGUGCAAGAUAAAAGUCAUCAUUGCAGCAAUAAGUACUUUCUGAACAUAAUCAAGGGACGAAAACUUACCCUUUUUAAAAAUAUCACUUUAGCAUACAAUGGCUUUGUUCUAUAUUCUAAAUCCAGCUCUAGUAAACUCAGCUUUCUCUAAUAAUCGUUCAUGCAUUUGAUUUUCAUUUGUUCCUCCUAUUUUUUAUCAUAUUAUGAUUUUCUUGGCCUAGAUGAGUUUCCAGGUGAGCACAGCCCUCUCAGAAAGCAAGAUUUAAAACAUAGAAGAAAGUCAAUGAAGAAAAAAAGGAUAACAAAUUUCCUACAAAUAUACGUCUACAAAGUUUUGUUUUUGCAUAUCUUCAUUUAUGGAAUGCAAAAAAAUAAGUCUUAGGUUAGGAAUAAAAUUAAAAAGUGAAUGUCAUUAUCUUAAUUUGAAUAUAGAGUCAUCUCCAUACAAGUGAAGAAUUAUUGUUUUUGACAGCAGCAGCUUCCAGCAAAGGGUUCUGGCUGGUGGAAAGCUUGAGUACCUAAUUUCUAUACCAGCUCUCUCUGUCAUCUCAUUUCUCCAGUCCUCCAGAUCAGAUUUUGAGAAAUGGGCAUUGGCAAAAAGAAUUGUGCUGGAUAUAUGUGGCUUUUCCCUAUGGAUUCAGCCAAAUCAAGGUCUUCUGUAUUCAGUCAUUAAAGAGACCUUGUAUUUUAAUUCUUAUUUCUCAUAUCUUCAUGCAUAUAAAAAGUGUACAGUUCUAUACAUGCCAAUGGGUUUUGAAGCUUAGUGCAGAUCACAGCAUUGUGAUACGAGGUCAGUCUGCAAUGUCUUAAGAUUUCCUAUGUCUUGCUUGUGAAUAGCAUGGAACUGCAAAAAGACAUUUGCUUGAUGUCCCUUCCUAGUGAGUGGUAGGAUAGGAUUCUGACCCACCCAAGAGUUCAUCUAAUUCUCUUACUGGUUGGAAAGAGUGGUGGCUGCCAGAUCUAAGUUUAGUGAUGGUCUUUUUAAAGUUUCCCACUUUUGGCAAGAACUUAUCUUGGAGCAGGAAAGGGAAAUCAUUGUAAAUCAUAGGAUUGCAAAUAAAUAUAUAACUUGCAAAUGACUUUUAGCAAGUUCAUUUAACUUUGACACGUUACAUGAUGAUCAGAUGUGCUUUCAGAAUCAGUACAGUAAGCCAAGUCUUCUAUUUGAUUUUUCCCUCCUGGGGUGUACUUUUCUUUUGAAAGCGUGUAAUCAUGGAACAUUUGGCUUGUGGGACAGCUUUGUCAUAUUCUCAAACCAAUUAGGCACACAACAUUAUGCAAAGCGUUAAAAAACAAUCACUUCACAAAAUGGACCAGUACCCUUCUGCAUUGACACUGCCAUGUUCUCUGUAAGGCUCAGGACAGAUAUUCUGAAAACCUUUUCUUUUUGCAGAGACACACUGUGAAAGCCUUGAAAGCAGCCAGAUUGCUGGAAGGGUCUGUGCUUUGGCAAAGAAUUAACUUGGGUUUCAAUUACAAAACAAUUUGAGGUAGAGAAAGACAGCCUCAGUUUAAUAAAAUUUCAGUCAGAUGACAACGUUCCUACGAAUGGAUUUGUUUUUUAAUUGAUGGGACCUUGCACUGGAGCCGAUUUUUGAAUUACACGGCAUAUAUUGAUAAGCAAUCACGGGGUGUUAAUUUAUAGAUAUAAGCCCAGAGAUAAAAAUGGAAAAGGGAAGUACUUGAUCUUAAUUUAUACAAUUUCUUCUUCAGUAGGCUUUGCCUUCACAGAAAUAAGCUAUUGAAAUCAGUUCUGACAUUUAUAUUGUGAAUGUAAGCAUAACGUAAUUAUGACGGGUAGUCAUGGAUCAGAAAAAUGGAAAAUAUUACAACCGUCUAUUCAUUUUUCAGCUUGAAGUAUGGAAUUUUGGGGUAAACAUUUUUUUUAGUACAAAUUGGUAAAAUAUUGUCUAUAUACGACUGCUGACUACAGAUAGAACUCAACUUAUAACCAUUAAUUUUAGGACUAUUCAAAGGCACUGAAAAAAGUGACUUAUGAUGAUCCUCAUACUUUUGACUGCUGCAGCCUCCCCAUGGUCAUGUGAUCAAAAUAAA